GACCUCUCAGUGCAGUUAACAGGGUCGUCUGAAAGGUGGGAGGCGGUGAAGGACGAGUCGGGUGUCCUGCAUCUCCACGGCACGGGUAUCGUCACGUCCAAUGGACAGUACGUUCUUCCUCUCCAGAGCCUUCAGGGUCUCCAGAACCAGCCCAUCUUACUCACGUCAGGGACCGACGCGUCCGCCGGCGCAGUGCCUAACAUCCAAUACCAAGUCAUCCCUCAGGUGCAGACGGCCGAAGGGCAGCUGGGUUACUCUGCCUCUGCCGUCGAGGGGGCCUCGAUGGCGCAGGACGCCACAGGGCAGAUCCAUAUUCUCCCAGACGGCACCCAGACCAUCAGCGUCACGGGCGCAGACGUGCUCAGCAACAGUCAGAACCUCAUGACCCAGUCUGGCCAAGUGCACCAGAUCCCGCAGGUGUCUCUGGGAAGCUCUGCCUUCAGCACUCAGGGUCAGGUGGUCACUAACGUGCCUCUGGGCUUGCCUGGUAACAUUACCUUUGUGCCCAUAAAUAGCGUGGAUCUGGACUCUCUCGGGCUCUCGGGAGCCCAGCCGAUCGCCACCGGCGUCACGGCUGACGGACAGCUGAUCAUGACCAAUCAGAGCGUGGAGCACUCUGAGGGCUCGGCCAAAGCAGGGGAACAGCAACAGACAUUCAACUCCAGUGCAGCCGCAGACAUGUUUGUGCCUACCACGUCUUCAGCGUCCUCCUCGUCCUCACAGCAGCCCACCAACACGAUAGACGGCACGGGCGUGUUGAUGCAGUCUGCGGCGGGAGAGCAGGGAGACGGCUCGGGCUACCUCAGUCAGUGCGCGGUGCAGGUGUCUGGAGGACAACAGGUGAUCCAGUUACAGCAGUUGCCCUUCCAGACCGCUGACGGUCAGGUGUCUGCUCAGGCCCAGCAGUCUCUGCAAAACGUCCAGCUCAUCAACCCAGGAACCUUCCUCAUCCAGGCCCAAACCGUCACUCCGUCAGGACAGAUACAGUGGCAGACCUUCCAGGUAUGA